AUGGCUGACACAGGACUCCCUUCCGGCUGGGAGGUACGGCACUCGAACUCCAAGAACCUGCCAUACUACUUCAACGCGAUCUCCAAGGAGUCACGAUGGGAGCCGCCUGCGAACACGGACACCGAGAAGCUGAAGGUCUACAUGGCUGCCCACCACAGCGUACAAGCAGGCGAUCGCCAUGGAGCCAGUGGUCAGGGCGAAGGCAAGAUCAGGGCGAGCCAUCUGCUUAUCAAGCACCGUGAGAGCAGACGACCAAGCAGCUGGAGAGAGUCGGAGAUCACACGAUCAAAGGACGAGGCCAUUGAGAUCCUACGCAACCACAAGCAGCGUAUUCAGUCCGGCGAGGCGUCACUGGGUGAUAUUGCGACGUCGGAGUCUGACUGCAGCAGUGCCAGGAAAAGGGGUGAUCUGCAACACAAGGCAUGGGUUACUGACAAGUCAUACAGCGGAUUCUUUGGCCGAGGAGAGAUGCAGGCCGAGUUUGAGCAAGCUGCUUUUGCACUAAAAGUCGGCGAAGUCAGUGAUAUCGUGGAGACGGCCUCGGGUGUUCAUUUGAUUGAGCGGUUAGUUACCCGUUGCUACACACAUUGCUGCCUCAUUCUAACGGUCGUCAUCUAG